AGUCUCACAUUUCUGCUUCCGCAUUCACUGCCUGCCAAUCUGGAAAGUUAACACAUAAAGAGAGUGAACCACAGUCUCACCGACACUCACCUUCACCACACGCACACCAUCUCAGCUCACUGCACCAAAGUCAUGGAGUCAUUUCAGGGACCUUUCGUCGAGGGGGGUGUGAAGAUCAGCCACGCGUUCCUGGACGGGGAGCACCGCUACACGGUGAAGGGGGUCCGCACACACAGCGGGCGGGGGCCAGCGUUCGCCAGGAAGGGAGACAUGCUGACCUGCAUCAACGGCAGCAGCCUGGCGGAUAUUCCCCCUGACGAGCUGGCACACCUGCUGACCGAGGGGAACCCCAAGUUGACGGUGCACAAGGCCACCAGGAAGAAGGAGGCUUCUGAACACUGCCCCCUGGAAAAGGAUGCCCUCCAUCCCUUCAAGAAGGAGUCCGGUGUGCUCUGCUUCUCCAUGGAGAUGAGGAGAGAGGAGGACCUGGGGAAGGGAGAAUGCGGCAUUGGGGGUGGGGGGGGGAGUGGGGAGGAGGCUGAAGAGGGAGGGCGGGGUGAGGCCGGGGAGGGCCCGGCGGAGGAGGCGAACGGGGGAGGGGAGGGAGAGGGGCGUGGGGUGCUGGUGGUGAAGCUGACCAACGCGAGCCUCUCUGUGGUGAAGGGGCGUGGCUGUGCCGCGGGUUGCCCCGUCCUCGAGUGCCAGGGAACGGGAUGCGCGUUCAACGAGGUGGUGUUGAUGGCGGACUCAUGCACGGUGACCAGCGGCAACACGGCCAUGUUCAUGCAGGACAAAGUGCAGGGAAAUAUCAAUCUUGAGAACAUCCAUUCCAGGACCUACCUCCGGGAUCUCUGCGAGGACAACAUGCCCUAUGCGUCUAAGAAUCCAACGGAAAUGACGAUAUACUCCUACAAGUCAACCGUCACGAACGAGACCUUCAGAGGCGUGCCGGUGGUGCUGAACUUCACCGAAUCCGAGAGCUUCCUCAAAUGCACCAAAAAGGACAAUGGGGCGAUCCUACGGGUGGAGGCCUGUGACAAGCAACGUCUGAGGCUGAUCUGCAAGCAGGAUGAGUCAGUCCUCGCCUUCCUCUUCUACAUGAAGGGGACGAUGACAGGAGAGCACCAGUUUGAGUCUGCGCUGUGCGAGGGCUGGUUCAUUCAAGUCCUGGACAAGGAGAAUGUGCUGGUGGCCAAUCCGCCAGUGCCCAACAAUGAACCGUCUUUCUACUUUGUCAUUGAGAAGUAGAGAAGCGAACCCAAUUGGUUGGGGAUUCAUCAGGGAUGAAUACCACUGCUGCCCGCUUGCGACAUCUCACGCUUACUUGUGGCCAUAUAGGGUUGCUCUGUGAGUAACCCUAUAUGGAUCAGUGUUCAGCUAACCCUAUGGAUCAGUGUUCAGCUUGUGUACGCCACACCACGUAUAGACACGUACCUACGCACACACACACACACACACACACACACGCGCACGCGCACACACACACACACACACACACACACACACACACACACACACACACACACACGCACACACACACACACACACACACACACACACACACACACACACACACACACACACACACACACACACACACACACGUAAACUCAUACACAGAUGUACAUAUAUACUGUUUGAUCCCUGAUGAAAUACAAUUGAUCCUCUCACUGAUAUAUAGAUCAGAAAACAAAAAACGCUUUUCAAAUGUUCUUUUCUCUUUUGAGGCCUUUUUUCAAAUCCCUCAUUUUGAAUUGUUCUUGUUAUUUUCCUUAUUUUUCCUGUUCUCAUACUAAAUUGUUAUUAGAAAACAGAAAUAGGAGCCUGUUCAAAAACUUUCAUAUUUACAUCACCCACUUUCAAACAUUGACUGUAUAAAUGACUAAAAAAAAAAAAAAAUGCAUGCAGUCAUUGUUAAUAAACAUUAAAAAGUGAAGCACAAAAUAAA